AUAUAUUUUAAUACUUUCCUCUCUGAUUUAAGCUAUCAGGAUGGACAUCCCUCACAGUCGGAAUCAGAUAUCCUUCAAAGACAGACAUUUGCAGCCUCUCAUCAGCUUCCUGGUUAUGCCACCACUCCUCAAGCAACUGGCAUGCAUUCCUCAGCAGCAGCUGAGCUGUUUGUUGCAGGACCCUUGCCAACCACUGGAGCACUUCCACCACCUGUUCUGCCUGCUUACCAGCACCCUGCUACCUUUAGCAAUAGAAACUUUGUGACCACCUCACCUUUGGUGCUUCAGGAUUCAUCUUUUAACACUACAUCAAAUGGAAUUUUAAAUACUCAUGAUCCUUUGCUACAAAUUAAGACUUCCCAGGGAACUGUUCCAACUGCUUUGGCAUUUGAGCGCCUGGGCAGUUCUGCAUUAAGUAACAGCAUACCACCUCAGUCUUCAACAUAUCGAUCAGCUCAAGAAUCUGCACCCCAUCUUUUACAACCUCAAUUUAGUUUGUUGCCUUCAACACUUGGGGGAGCUCAGCAAACCCCUCAAGCCUACAGUUCAGCUCUUUUUACUAGUUCUGCUGCUUCCAUUGAAAGAGCCCUUCUUCGAGAAUGUAGUGUUAUUAAACACCACCAGCGGCCUUCAGGUUCCCAGUCUAUUCAGGCACAACUGACUGGUUCACAGCAUCCCUUACACAAUUAUCUAUCAAGUGCAAGUAUUGGUAAUUUUCAGGAAACAUCCAGACAGUCAUCUUUAUCCUGUAGCUCAAUUCGAGAUUCUACUCAGGUGAGCAAUGGAGCAUUGCAACAAAAGACUCCGCAGGUCUCAGCAGAACUUGCUCAGUCUUAUUCAUCUGUAAUCCCAUCAUCAGGGUAUCUUCCUUCUGCUACAAAAGUAGACGGCUGUUCUACAAAACAACCACUAAUAUCAACUACAAUUCCGAAGCCUCAAAGUGUAAUUCCUCCUGUGCAAACACUAAACUAUUCUAAGCCUUUACAUAACCAGAGUUCUGUAAUAUCAGGUCAAGCACAAAUUUAUUCUACAGCACAGUUACCCAGCCUUUUAUCAGUCAGUCAGUCCCAAAAUUAUGGUUUAGUGCAACCACAUAAUGUGCCAUCUAUUGUUCAUUCACAAGUUUAUAGGUCCAGCAGGGUUGAGAAAUUGCCAUCCUUAUAUAAAACAUUGACUUUUUCUGGGUCAUCUCAGCCUGUAACUUCUGAAAAUCAGACACUUAGUUAUUCAUCCAGUCAGCAAGAAGUGUUAUCUUUAGUUACAAAUGAGAAUUACCCUGCUCAAACAAGAGACCUGUCAUCAGCCAGUCAGUCUCAAAAUUAUUCAUCUGGUCACUCUCAGGGUUUAUCACCAGUUAGCCAAACACAGGUCAGUUAUUCAUCUCAAUCGCAAGUUUUAUCAGUUGUUAGCCCUUCAGAAAGCUAUGUGACAGGACAGUCUCUGACAUUAACAGCCCCUUCUCUUUCUUAUUCUUCUGCCUCUCGAGGUCAGACCUUGCCAGAUUCUAGCCCAACACCAAAUUAUAUUUCUAUGCAUUCAUCCCCAAACACUCAUACCCAAGGAUCUUCACCACCUCAGCCCCAAAAGUUUUUGUCUGCUGUGCAGUCACCUUUUGCAUCUUCUACUCAUGGUCAGGCAAUACAGAAUAGCAUACCUUCACCUGAUCCAAAGUCUUACGCUGAGAGAAAACUUGACUCAAAUGUGUAUACGCCUUCAAAGCAAGAUGAUGAUUUUCCGAUGCAAAAAUUACAGGCAUUGCAGUCACAGUCAUCUCUUGAGUCAUCAAGCCAAAGGCUACCUGAUGGAGAAGUGAAUGCUCCUGAGUCAAUUUAUAAGACAUCGAAGUCAGAUGACCGAUAUUCUCAAAAUAUAACCAGAAAUAACUCCCACCUUGAAGACCAGGUUGUUGGAGUUGCUCUCCAGGGUUCAAAACAAGAAGAAAACAUGGUUGGUCCAGUGACACAGCUUAACCAGACAAGUGGCCAGCCCAAUAAUACAGUAAACCCUGAUGUUAAGAAGGCAACUAAUUUAAUGCAAGCUCCACAGAUAAGGCUGAGUACUAAAGACCUCAGCCAGCAGCAUUCUCUCAUACAGAAGAUGCAUGAAGCCAAGGUUCAGGAACAGCAUGAUCAAAUAAUUAGUGCCUCAUCUCAGCUACAGAUUCCAAAUCAUGCUUUAGGGCAUAGUCAUCAGGCUCUUCCUAAUACACCAGUCCUUUUAGAUUCUGCCUGUGACUUACAGAUACUUCAGCAGGCUGGGAUUCUACAGGCAAGCCUGGGAUCAGCAAAGGCAUCUUUACAAGUACAUCGUGUUGAGAGUCCUCAACAGGUCGUCCACCCUUUCCUUCAGAUGGAUGGUCAUAUCAUCCAGCGCAAUGGUGAGCAUCCGCAGCAGCAGCUGCAUCCUCAGAGUUCUGAUAUUAUGAAAUUAGACCUCCCUGAACCUUCAAAACCUUUGCAACAGCUAGCAACAAAGGGCCCUUUCAGUGAAACCAGUCAACAUGAUUCAAAGAAUCAGUUUGUUUCUCUUGGAUCAAUAUGCUUCCCAGAGGCAAUGCUUCUCAGUGAUGAGAGAAAUAUUUUAUCAAAUGUAGAUGACAUCUUGGCAGCUACAGCAGCAGCUUGUGGGGUUACACCUUCUGACUUUUCCAAGUCCACUUCAAAUGAAACCAUGCAGGCAGUUGAAGGUAGUGAUUCGAAAUCUCCUUUUCAGCCAUCAUUAGAUGUCAGGCAUGUGAAUGCAGAUUUCAACUCCAUAACAGCUACAGUAGGAAAGCCACAGAAUAUUAAUGACAUUUCCUUAAAUGGAAAUCAGGUGACUGUAAACCUUUCAUCAGUACCCAGCCUUCAGUCAAAAACAAUCCUUGAUCAACAGCACAUGGAAACACCUGUCCAAAAUAUACCAACUAAAGCACCUUCAGCCAUGGUUGGACCAGGUCAUGAAGUGCAGGAGCAAAGUUCUGACCCAUUUGAGAAACAGUUGACUCUGAAUCAUGAAUCUAAAGAAGAUAGUGAAAUUGCUGUUGACAGUGCAUUAAGUAAUAACAGAAAUCAAGAGUUUGUGUCUACUAGCCAGAGCAUAAGUGGAGAGAGUGCAGCAUCAGAGAAUGAUUUUACCCUAAUAGGUGAUGACAGUGGUAUGUCAGGGAAUCACAGAAGGAACACACUUACACUGCUGGCCAUGGCCCAGCCUGGAGAUGUGGCCAGUGGCAAAACUGAAGAUGAAAAGCAAGAUGCCACAUAUUUUAACCUUCCAAAGAAAAAAGCUAAAGGAAAAGGACAAGGUAAAGAGGAAGAGGACAGUAAUCAAAAACAAAUGAAAAAGUCUGCCCAAGGCAAGCGCCAGAACCCCAGAGGUACAGACAUGUAUUUACCAUACACUCCUGCUUCCUCAGAAAGUUGUGACGAAGGUUACCAGCAUCAAGAAAAGAUGAGGCAGAAGAUCAAAGAAGUAGAGGAAAAGCAGCCAGAGGUCAAAACAGGAUUUAUCGCUUCUUUUUUAGACUUCCUGAAGUGUGGGCCCAAGCAACAGUUUUCUACCCUUGCUGUUCGAAUGCCUAAUAGGACCAGACGAUCAGGAACCCAAGUCACCCGUACCUUGUAUCCCCCAUCACUUGGAAAGAUGUCACCUGCAACACCUGCGCCAUCAGCACUAGAUACUGGAGGAGUCAGUCCAUCAGAAAAAGUUGACAAUGAACUUAAAAAUUUAGAACAAUUAUCUUCCUUUUCUUCUGAUGAGGAAGAUCCUGGCAUGUGUGGCCAUGAUGCCUAUAAGAACAUCUCUGCUCCCUUAACUGCAUUGGAUGCUACUUCUGAUAAAACAAAGAAAACAGUUUCAGAAGCUCUAUCUGUGCCAACUCCUGGUGCAUCUACCGAGACUGCUGGUGCUGCUCCCACUUCCUCCACCCCUGGUGCAGUAAAACAAGACCUUCAUUUGACUUCAUCUACAGCAAACACCCUGGAAAAAGCAAACUCCACAGAAGCCCCCAAAGCCAUCGAACUUGAUAGCCUUCCUUCAGACCAGUUUGCAAAAGGACAAGAGACAGUUGCAAUAGAAGGUUUUACAGAUGAGGAAAAUAUAGAAAGUGGAGGAGAAGGCCAAUACAGAGAACGUGAUGAAUUUGUGGUAAAGAUAGAAGAUAUAGAGACAUUUAAGGAGGCUUUAACUAUAGGAAAAGAACCCCCAGCUAUUUGGAAAGUACAGAAAGCUUUGUUACAGAAAUUUGUUCCUGAAAUUCGAGAUGGGCAAAGAGAAUUUGCAGCUACAAAUAGUUACCUCGGAUACUUUGGAGAUGCAAAAACUAAAUACAAAAGGAUAUAUGUGAAGGUCAUUGAAAAUGCAAACAAAAGGGAGUAUGUCAGAGUGUGUUCCAAAAAGCCAAGAAAUAGGCCUUCACAAGCUAUCAGAAAUGCUCCAUCUAAGCCAAGUAGUAGCAGUAAAACUUCUGACCCACCAGUAUCAAAAACUACGACUACAAAAGCCCCUUCCACAAAACCCAAAGUUAAACAGCUCAAAAUGAAGGCUGAACCACCACCAAAGAAGCGGAAGAAAUGGAAAGAAGAAUUUUCAUCAUCACAAUCGGAAUCAUCUCCUGAGGUCCGUUCUAGCAGUAGUGAGGAUGAGGAAUUUAAUCCUCCAGCUCCCUUUGUCACUCGUUUUCUGAACACAAGAGCAAUGAAGGAAACUUUCAAGAGUUACAUGGAGUUGCUUGUUAGCAUUGCUCUGGAUCCUGACACGAUGCAAGCCCUAGAAAAGAGCAAUGAUGAGCUACUUUUACCACAUAUGAAAAAAAUAGAUGGAAUGCUGAAUGAUAACCGGAAAAGACUUCUUGUGAAUCUUCAUUUGGACCAACCAUUCAAGAAUGCUUUGGAAAGUUUUCCUGAACUAACAAUUAUUACUCGAGACUCUAAAGCAAAAAGUGGAGGAUCUGCUAUUUCUAAAAUAAAAAUGAAUGGCAAAACUUAUAAUAAGAAAACUCUAAGGACUUCUAAAACAACCACUAAGUCUGCACAGGAAUUUGCUGUUGAUCCAGAGAAAAUACAAUUAUAUUCAUUAUACCAUUCACUCCAUCAUUAUAAAUACCAUGUUUAUCUAAUAUGUAAGAAUGAGAUAUCGUCUGUGCAGAAAAAAAAUGAAGAUUUAGGACAGGAAGAAAUUGUUCAACUUUGUAUGAAAAAUGUGAAGUGGGUGGAGGACUUAUUUGAAAAGUUUGGGGAACUUCUAAAUCAUGUACAACAGAAAUGUUCCUAACAUUGCCACAAAAAUCCCACCUUUUUCUUUUUUCUCUUUUUUUUUUUUAGCACUAAUGAGAUAUCAUAGUGUCAGAUAAUCAAAUCUCCAGCAGUGGUGUCUUGCAGACAUGCCCUCUACCAUGGGGAACUUUGACCAGGACCUUUGCUGAGGACAGUGGUGCUGCCAUGGAAGCCAGUCCUUUUAUCUCAAUGAGUGAUUUUUCUAAUUUCAUAAGCUGUGGGGUGACUGAGUUUUUAUUUUCAGAAAUGUCUUUUGACAAAUGAUAAAGCAUGCACUAAGUAUAAUUUUAUUGCUAGAGAAGUAACAUUGAAGUGACCUGACUUCCCCCAUGGCUAGUAUCAGAACAAAAGAGGUGGCCGAAAGCGUUCUUAUCUGGUCACAAUUCAGAAAGUAUUGUACAUUGUGUAAACAGACCUGUGUGGUGUGACAUCCUCCUGUAUGAGAAUGUCUUCAGUUUAAAACAUGAAACUCAGAAGCUGCGCUCUGCUCUAUGGAGUCCUUUAACAUGGCCAGGAAACUGGGUGUGAACUGUGCAAUUCUGUGACUGCUUUUUGUGUCAAGUUAUAUUGUGAUGAAAAAAAAAAGUGACGUACUAUUUUCCCUGUCUUAAAGAAAAGUAUUUUUGUUUAUAGUGUUUUUUCCUUUGAAAAUUUUUCAAUUGUACAUUUUAUUUUACUAAUAGUUGUAUUUUUCACAAAGAAGAUGUGGUUUUAAUUUUUCUAUCCUUUAUUGUUUUCAGUAAACUCUGUGUAGGUACAUGUCAUUUGCAUUAUAGAUUCUAUCUUAAGUUGGCCAUUUUUGUUUUGCCCUAGUGUUACUCAGAAUAUUCAUUUGGUGCUAGAAUUAGGUUAGCUUGAUAAAUGGGACUGUGUGAAACACUGCACUAAUUUCAUAUUUCAUAAAAUAAAUUUCUUACCAAACUAGCACUUGAUUUAUACUGAUUUGUCAAAAUAAAAAUUUCCUACUGCUGGGUGUAGUGGCACACAUCUUCCAUCCCAGGAGUUGGGAGGCAGAGGCAGGUGGCUCUCUGUGAGCUCAAGGCCAGCCUGGUUGAAUUCAAGGCUAGCUUGUUGGACAUAGUGAGCUCCAGGACAAACAGACAGUUAACUGAUAACAUUUUGAUGGCCCAGUGGGUAAAGGCACUUGCAGCCAAGCCUGAAAAACGGAGUUUGAUUCCCAAGACCCACACUGUGGAAGAAGAAAACAAACUUCUGCAAGACACACACACACACACACAAACACACACACACAGGCAAACCGAUUAAUAAGACGGUAUGCAGUGUUACACACAGCUUUCCUAGUUCACAGAACUGGAAGUGGAGUUCUCCUUUGGUGCCUUUAACCCCUUCGCACACUAGUGUAGCUUUCUUAAGUUUGACAGCAUUUCAAGUGGUUUAGAGACAGUGAAUGUAUUAGGUUCAUCAUGACCUUGCAUCGUUUCUUUUUGUUGCCAACAGGAUGCCUUGUUUGUGAGGAUUUAAUAGUGUCAUUCUAAAGGAUCGCUGUUUUUAGGAUUCUAAAGAAGUAAAUCAUCAUACUUUUGUUUAUUUUACCACCAUUUAGUGCCUUACUCCCCAUCUAGAAAGCAGCGUUACUGUUCAAUGCCCAUAUAUGACAUACUCACUUGGAUAAGCCUGUUGUCUUGGUUUUGAGAACAGGCAGUAAACUGACAACAAUUGAAGUUAAUAUGCCACUUGAUUUAAGACUAAAACACUGUUAACAUUGGGUGAAAAUGAGCAUCUGAGUUAUGCUAACAUAUUUAUUUCUGGUGAUUAUUAAAAGCAAUAUCCUUAACAUUUGUACCUGGUAUUAGACUUAAUAGUACCAAGUAAUAGAAGUUUCUCUCCAGGGUCAAAUGUAUCAUUUCUGAAAGUUUUAAAAUGCUUAUUUGAGAACAAGAACAAGCUAGUAGGCUUAUUUUAUGUAACCCAUAUGGGAGAUGCCAGUGGCAGGGAAAAAUCAUGAGAUUCAUUUUAUAAGCAGAGUAGAGCAGGAAACAGCCAUAUUCCAUUCUGAUAAUAUUGACCCUGGGCACAGUCAUUAGUUUCCAACAUGGAGCUGGCAUGCCUGUACACCUUUACCUGAAUCUUGAAUUAUAAAGAAUAAAGUACAUAUUUGAACUUCAUUUCCAUGAAUGAAUCUACCAUGAAAAUACACAUUUCUUUUUUUGUUUUUGUUGUUUAAAGCAGGGUCUCACACUUUAGCCCAGGCUGGUCUAGAACUCACUAUGUAAUCCAAGUUGACUUCAAGUUCAUGGCAAUCCCCCUGCCUCAGCCUCCAGAAUGCCACCAUGCCUGGCUUUCCAUUUCCUUUUGAGCUGCAGUUGCCCUCCACCAGUUUACAGUUGCAUUCCUGUUAGUAACAUGCAAUUCACAAUGUAGAAGGCCACGUCCUCUGAUCCUUCCUCAGUGACCCUGUUGUUUAGCUGCAUUAUCACCUCAUUUAUUCUAUAUAGCAUAGGAAAACUUCAACCUCAGGCCUUAGAGAAAAGUAGGACUAUAUUAUAACCAUAUACCAGUCCUUUCUCUGUAGGAAGCUAAAUAAAUAUUUAGUUGGUGUUUGCCAUGGGAUUUUAAAUGUAUAAUAUAGGAAAACAUUUAGGUUGUAGAUAAAGAGGUGAAGCACACGUUGCCAUAGGACAGAUGUUAAGAAAGUUUGGGCUCUCCUACCUAUAGAGCUCUGGAGGGUUGGGGGUGUAGCUCAGUGCAGAGCAUUGGGCUAGCAUGUCCCAGGUCUGGGUGCCAUCCCCCACCCCAGUCUCUCACCUGCACAUUGCAACCUGGAGUGCCUUCAUGUAGAAGGUGUUCUGUGCUGAUAUUUGUUACUAGCCCAGAAGAGUGAUUGCCAAAAGGGCCUCCUUGCUGUUUGGAUAUAACCCCAUUCCUAGUUGAUCCCUCAUAAGUCUAAUUUUAUGAUGAUUUGUCACAUUAAUUUGAACUAGAAUUUUCCUAUGAUUUUGCCAAAUUGAAAAUAUUGGUCAGAUGGGAAAUAAUCCUAUUUUUUAAAUGUUUAAUACAUUUUUGUUAAUUUUGAAAGUUAUAAAUUUAUUUAAAUUUCUAAAACUUGAAAAUUUAUAGAUGGGUUUACACUUUAGGACUAUUUUCAAAGCUUCCAUUUUAAAACUAAUUUUUCUAUUUACUAUUUAUUUUCCUUGAAGCAGAUAAAUUCCAACCUAUAGGUCUAAGGAUAUAACUGUAAGUUGUUUUUGUUUGUGCGUUGGUGUCCAUUGCUGGUUGGAGAGUCUCCUUCUCACUGUUCUCAUAACUCAAUCUUUACCUACUUGAUUCCCUGAUGAGGUCAGCACUCGGGUUAUUGAUGCAGCUUUGUUUCAGAUGUGUAGGUUACAAAUCUUAAUGUAUUUGCAGAAUGUAAGUCUUUUGUUUAAAUGUUUUGUUUCACAAAAAUGCUUUUCAAAUACAGUGAAAUAGCCCAGGAUAGCUGCUCCUGUGUCAGGUAUACUGAAUACAACUGCACAAAUGAACAAUGUAGAACUUGUUUGUGCAUUAACUCAGUUGCACAACUUUUGACAUCUGUGUUCACAAAUGCUUGUUUUUGAAAAUCACUUCUAUUUAUAAAACAACUAAGCCUAAGGAUACAAAGAAACCUGCAUUUGUAGUCCAGAAUUUUCAACUGGUCCAUUUUACCAUAUAUGGAAAUGUGAAAGACAAUUUUGUAUAUUUGUUACUAACUCAGAUCAUUAAAGUGAAAACAAUUUUUUUAAACAAAA